CAAUGCUCAACGAACAAAUAGUGUCCAUUACAACCGACCACUAAUUAUGGCGAACAUUAAUUAAUUCCUUAACCUGUAAAACAGUAAUUGCUUUCGGUUGUAAUUUGUCGACAGCAUGGACAAAAAGUCCACUCCUUGCGCCAGAACUAGCAAUGUUCUAUCGUGGUGGCACAACAGAGAACAUUCUGGUUGGGAAUAAACGAGACGGUGACACUAUUUGGUAGAAGAAAUGAGUUUCAUUUUAAUACUGCUUGGUUUUUUUGGAACUUGUCAAUCCAUUCCCAAUCCUGGAGGUAUCCGAAUCCAGCUUCCCGAAUCUCCGGUAACAGUGAAAUCAAAUCAAGGUUGUAGGAAUCUUCUAGAUGUUGUCGCCGUUGUUGACGGAUCAGACAGUAUCACAUCUCGUGACUUCCGGACCCUGAAGAGUUCUCUGGUAGACCUCAUGGAUGGACUACAGUUGGCGAAAGACCAAGCUAGAUUUGGUCUCGUUUUAUUUAGCACCGACGUUGCGGCCGAGAUACCACUUAGUGCAAACAGACAACAACUGAGAAAUAAAAUCCUUGCUUUACAGCACCCAAGAGAUGGAACAAGAACAGACUUGGGAAUCAAAUCACUGCGUAAAAUGUUCUCCACUCAAGGUCGUCCUGGUGUUCCUAGAGUAGGAGUCAUCAUCACGGACGGGAUGUCCAAAAACCCUAGGGAUACCGCCAAAGAGAGCGAGCUGGCCAGGACAGAGGGCAUCAAACUGUACGCAGUGGGUGUGUCGAAUCUGAUUGCUGAAAAUGAACUGAAAUCCAUCGCUUCUAAUGGAACUAGGGUCCUUUCUGUCUCCAGUUUUGAUCAACUCAAACACGUGUUCUCUUCUCUAGUUGUCCAGGUGUGUCCAACAACGACGACGACCACGAGUACCACCACAACCACUACAGCCACUCUACCACCCACCACCAAAAAGCCAAAGAAUCCAUGCGACAGCUGUAAAAUGUCUAAUGGCGCUGGAUUUACACGACACCCUUCUGACUGCUCUAAGUUCAUUCAAUGUUACUUCGGGAUUAAUGGUCUGAAAAAAAUGUCGUACCAGGAAUGUCCAUGGGGAAACUUUUGGGACCAAGCAUCAUUGACCUGUCAGCCUGCACAUAAGGUCAAAUGUCCCACUGACCGCUGUCUGGAUCCGGAAGUACUAACCUACGACCUCCCAGGAAGCUGUCGGUCUUUCUGGGCAUGUGAUGGCGGAGAGUCAAUUCCGAUGUGCUGUCCGUAUGGCACUUCCUAUCAUUCCGGAAUCGGUUGUCUUCCGGACAACGGCUGUAAGGAUCCUUGUCCACCUCGUCCAACACAGCAUUUGAAUCCUAGAGCGCUUUUGUCUGAUAAAAUGGAUUCUAAAAAGAACGCGCCCUUGAGAAAACUUUCGCUUCCAGCUUUGAAACCUAAACGGACAAUUAAACCACGAAAACCUGUUUGUGACAAGAAGCCAGUCCGAGGAGAUUCUAACAGCUUUGAACAGUUCGUGGAGCGUUAUGGCUGGAUUAAGAUGCCUUGUGCUCCGGGGACGCAAUACAGCCAGUCCGAUUGUGAAUGCACCACUACAGUGCCAUUCUCCUCCAACAAAACUGCUGAGUGCGUAUCGAAAGUAAAGUUGAACUUCUCGGAUGGAUUUGAAGAUGAGCGCGACAAACGACCAGUCUAUAUAGUCAACAACAACGUGUCUUUCUCUGGGGGAGUGGCUAAAUUUUCUGGAAGCAGUCGUUUGCGCGUGCCCCAACUUUCCAACGUGGACUACGGAGAUUCAGUAGUGCUGAAAAUUCGUUUCCGGGACUCGACCAACAGUUCCGGGCGCCCACAGGCUAUUAUUAGUAAUGCAGAUUGUGGAAACAAUGCGUCCAUACUUAUUGCAAAAGACAAGGAUCGUAUCAUCUUUGGAGCUCAAACUGAAAAUGGAGAUUAUACUCAAUUAGAACUACCCAAACCGAAAACUGAAUGGAAAAACGUGAAAUAUUCCUAUAACCUCGGCCGUCUUCAAGGCACAGUGAAUACUGAAAAGGUCACUCGAUGGAUUCCGGAUGGAGGUAAAAUCCAAUCCAGGCCAUGCGCACUACAGAUAGGACAUGGGGAAGAUUUAGAUGACUUUGAGGGAGAUAUUGAUGAUUUGGAAAUAUUCACACAGUGCAUGCCGACAGAGGAAAUGUAUUUUGAUGAUUAUGCAGGAUUUUUAUAAACCUUUAGAACACUUUUACAUACACGAAAUCCAAUAAUGUGAAUUUCACUAAAGUAGUCAUACCAAAAAAUGAAUGCAUAUCAAAUCCUGCAACUAAGAAAAAGAGUUCCGUGGAGUGCAUGUUUAUUGUUACAAAACUCGACUUUGAAUAAAGAUUUUUUUUU